CGAUGUCAACCGAGUUCUUCUGUGGUGGGGGCAGGAAGUUGUUAAGGACUCUUAACUAGAUUAGAGGACAAAUUGCCCCCCCACCUCCACCUUUCUGGGGCUCCAAAGGUUUGCCCAGUUGACAGUGACCAUGAAGAUAUUGCUUUUAGGGCUCUUCUUCUCUUUUGGGACCCUUCUGUCCUAUGGGGACCAGGGCUUGGAGAUACCGGAGUAUGACGGCAAAGACCGGGUCCACACCCUUACUGCCAAGAACUACAAGUCAAUCAUGAAGAGUUAUGACGUGAUGGUGAUCUACUACCACAGGAACGUAGAGGGAGACCGUGGUGCCAUGAAACAGCUGCAGAUAGAGGAGCUUGCUUUGGAGCUGAUCACUACUCAAGCUGCACUAAUCUUUCAGCUUGCAGCUCAGGUUCUGGAUGAACUCGAAGAUGAGGACAUUGGAUUUGGUCUGGUGGAUGAAAAAAAGGCCACUGCUGUUGCCAAGAAGCUGGGUCUGGAUGAGGUGGAGAGCAUCUACAUCUUUGCAGACAAUGAGAUCAUUGAGUACGAUGGCGAGCUCGCUGCCGACACUCUCGUUGAAUUCCUCUAUGAUGUGAUUGAAAACCCAGUGGAGGUCAUUGACAACGACCGUGAACUGAAGGGUUUCUUCAACAUGGACGAUGUCAUCCGGUUGGUUGGCUACUUCAAGAAUGAGAGAUCUCCUCAUUUUAUCGAGUAUGAUGACGCAGCUGAGGAGUUUCACCCGUUUGUUAAAUUCUACGCCACGUUUGACCCCAAGAUUGCCAAGAAACUGAAACUGAAGCUGAAUGAGGUGGACUUCUAUGAACCGUUCAUGGAGGAACCCGUCACCAUCCCAGGAAAGCCCUACAUUGAGUCUGACAUCAUUGAAUACAUUGAACAACAUGAAAGAUCAACACUUAGGAAACUCCAGCCUCACAGCAUGUAUGAGAUCUGGGAGGAUGACAUCGAUGGAGAGCACAUUGUCGCCUUCGCUGAGGAGGACGAUCCAGAUGGUUUUGAAUUUCUGGAAAUCCUGAAGGAAGUGGCUCAAGACAACACUGACAACCCCAACCUCAGCAUUAUCUGGAUCGACCCUGAUGAUUUCCCACUGCUGGUUCCAUACUGGGAGAAAACUUUUGGCAUCGACCUCUCCUCCCCUCAGAUCGGUGUGGUGGAUGUAGCAGAUGCCGACAGCGUGUGGAUGGACAUGGAUGACCAGGACGACAUGCCCACCUCUGAUGAGCUGGAGCAGUGGAUUGAAGACGUGCUGUCUGGGAAAAUCGAUCCAGAUGACGAUGAUGAAGAAGAUGAAGAGGACUAUGACGAUGAUGAUGAUGACGAAGAAGACAAUGAAGAUGAUGAAGAAGAAGAAGAUGAUGAUGAUGAUGAGGAUGAUGAUGGUGAUGACGAUGAAGAUGAUGAAGAAGACGAUGAUGAAGAAGACAAUGAAGAUGAUGAAGAAGACGAUGAUGAAAAAGAUGAGGAUGAAGAUGAGUAGAUGUUUCAGCACUUACCGGAGCAGCCCAAAGUGGAGCCGUGUCUGUCCAACAUGACAUUUUUUGUGCAGAUUUCUCUUUCAGGACAGGUUGAAGCUCCUCUGAAAGGCAGCUGUUCCCUGGAACAGCCUCACACACAAACAUCUGCAUCAUUGUUUCAAGCAGGAAAGGUUGAAACAAUACAGAGACAAAGUGAGCAUCUUUUCAGCCUUUGUAAAUACUCUGGAAUGCCAGAGUCAAAGAUUAUUAAGACAUAUUCCAACACAUGUUCAGUGUUAAAAUGUAUGGCAGCAUGAUAAGUAAAGCUGACAAUAGUUUGAUCUUUCUAAUUUCCCUUUUUUAAUCCCCCAUUUUUACCUUGCAUGUUUCUUUGGUGCCCUCUUGCAUCUCACAUGCACUCUUAACUAUUAUUAGCUGCUGCGCUCUGGGAGUAGCAGUAGCCUGAGCAUCCUGCCUUUAAGCUUGCUUAACAAAAAACAGCAACAUAGUCAGUUAUGAAAUUAUUCAUACCCCAGGCAAAUUUUUUAUGUAAAGUUACUUUUUUUCCAUCAGAAUCUUUCUUCUUUAUUGGGAAUGAUGAAAACAUCAGUUCAGAAGGCACCAGCUCCUAUUUUCAUUUGAACCCCAAGUUGAACUGCCCAAAAUUGCCAGGAGUAUGAAUACCUUUGGCUUUGAAAGUAGAUACUACCCCCGACCCCCUACUCCAACCCAAUUUAUUCAGUUUAUUCAUAAAGUGCCAUGGUUUGACAGCUCCCCGUCCCCGUCUCCCUCUCCUGGUCCUUGCUCCUAAUGCUGCCCCCUGACCUCUUCUGUUUUUCUGAUUCAGUUUUCACAGGUUUUAUGGAUGAGGGCAGGCCAUCCUGACACACCUGAAACUCCUCAUUCCUCCUGUAUCUAAAGCUACAGUCCCACCACCCUCGGCAUCGCGCAGAAAUUGAUCAGAAAUUCACCUCCGAGUUGUGGGUGGGACUGUUGUAGCAAAGCAGGCCUGCGCUCAUUUACCAUCAUCCCUUUGUUUACACUCUCAACCACUAGCUUAUAGCCUGUUUGAAUCCCAAGAUCACAUUAACAAUGGAACAAAAACGAUGGGAAAAAUUGGAUUUAUGCAGGUGUAGAGUUUUGAGAGAGACACCAGCUAAGAUGAGGAAAAAAAAGGCGUUAAUGUGUCUGUUUGUCUGCAAGUGCAUGCAUCGGAAUGGAGCACAGUAGAGACUUUGACCUGCCCAUUUCAGUAACUGCAUCACAAAAGAGAGCUUUUUCAAACUGCAUUUUCUCAUCUGCUUCUGAUUUACAAUGAUUUGAAUAAAGAAGUGCUCAGAAAAUCAGUUUUAUUUCUAAUGUCCUCAUGAGAAAAAUGCUACACGGACAUGUUAAAAACACAAUUUGCAUUGAGCCGUUUUCAGGCUCUAUGUACAAAACAUGCAGCCAUUGAAAAGUUAAAUCAGGUGAAAUUUUGACCAGUCAGGGACUUGGAUUUAGUAGCGACAUUUCAUAGAAAUGCCAAAAGUUUGAAAAAUUGAUCGAGGAGAAAUGAAUUUACGUCUUUUUAUCCGGCCAGAAUUUAAUGAAGUUAAGUCUUUCCUCUGUUGGAAUAGAGCUGUAAAAGAAAAACCCUGGAGCAAGAUUUGCAUCCCAUCGACAUUUCGCACCAAGCCUCUUCCAACUACAGAUAAAUGGGGCUAGUAUCAGGCAAUGACAGUCCAGUGUGAACACAAUAUCCUAAAAGCCCAUUUGAGAAAGCGCAUUCUUGAACAUGCAUCACAUGACUGGUGUGAACAUAGUUUGAGACCAGUUCCUUCUCCUUCGCCCUGCCAGUCUGUAUGCUUACCUUGAAUGUUUGCCCUGGAAUUUAUCCACCUGCUCUGACCUCAUGUCCUGGAAAACCCACAACCUGCCCUGGACUCACAAAAUUCUUUAUUACAAUAAAUGUUGUAUUCCCUUCUCACCAUCA